UUUACAGCUUGGGCAUCUAAACAAGAUUUUAAAGGACGAAUAAAACUACUCCUACUUGCAUCUCCAGUCAUGCAGUCACAGAAAAUAACUUACGUUCUCUCAUUAGGGAAAAACAAAUUAAAUUGCUUGCAGUGUGUAAAAAACAGAAACAAUUUUGUAGUGAAUACAAAUCAGUUAAGACUGUGUCAUCAAAAUGUGAUUAACAACAGUGCUAGAAGUUCUCAGGUAACCAAAUGGUCAAAGAGCCAAAAGUUGUUUGCUGCCACUGGGAUUUUAUCAGCUGUCGGUGGUGUUGGAUAUCUGUGUCUGAGGGAACAACAUCGACGCAAAGUGAGAGUGACUGCUGGUGGAUUUGUACGCUUUUUUAGGUCUGCUGUCAUCGGCCUUUCUGUUUCUAUCGACUACAAAUGGUCGCUAUGGGGUCUGGAAGAUGAGUCCCCCGAUUACGACAAAAUGAUCCGGGCCUGUCACAAGCGUUCCGCUGAAAAGCUUCUCAUGGGCUGCCUGAACAAUGGGGGCUUGUACGUGAAACUGGGCCAGGGUCUCGUGUCUAUGAACCACAUUUUGCCGAAGGAGUACGUGGACACUCUAGUCAUUCUGCAGGACAAGGCCUUGCACAUGGGCCCUGAAGAGACGGAGGAGUUGUUCAUAGAAGAUUUCGGUGAGUCGCCUCACACUCUGUUUAAAGAGUUUGACGAGGAGCCAAUAGCAGCGGCCAGCCUUGCUCAAGUUCACAAGGCUACAACGCACGACGGAAAAGAUGUGGCAGUCAAGGUCCAGUACAUAGACUUGCAGGACCGCUUUGCUGGGGACAUCAAAACCUGUGAAAUCUUGCUCAAGGUGGUCGGAUGGAUGCACCCCAAGUUUGAGUUUGCCUGGGUUUUACAGGACAUGAAGGGAACGCUGGCACAGGAGCUGGAUUUCAUUAACGAAGGGAAGAACUCAGAACGAUGCCAGGCCGACUUGAGGCAUCUGGACUAUGUUUAUGUCCCGAAAGUUCACUGGGACAAGACAAGCACUAGAGUUUUAACUGCUGAGUUCAUUGAUGGAUGCAAGGUGAGCGACAUGGAGAGCAUACGGAAGAUGGGACUUUCGUUGAGCGACGUUGACCAGAAACUGGUGCGCUGCUUCUCAGAUCAGAUCUUCCUCACUGGGUUUGUUCAUGCUGAUCCCCACCCUGGCAAUGUGUUUGUUCGAGUGGGAAAAGACAAGAAAGCAGAAAUCGUGCUUCUAGACCAUGGUCUCUAUGACUACCUGCGUCCGAGCCAUCGAGAGUACCUGUGUAACCUCUACAAGGCCAUAAUCAUGAGGAACGAGGAUGACAUGGAACGAUACUCGCAUCUCCUCGGGGUGAAAGAUUAUCAGAUCUUUGCCAGCCUUGUCAAGCAGGGCCCGGUUAAAUUCACCCGAGCCCCGCCGCUAUUUCGACACAAGCCUGUCAACAUGAAAGCGUUUAGAAAACUCCCGAAGGAGAUCCAGAAAGAAAUGAAGGAGGAUUUUGAGAUUCUCCAUGAGCGCAUUUUCCAAGCUAUGCGUGACAUGCCUAGCUCUCUGCUAUUGAUUUUUAGGAAUAUGAACACAGUGCGAGCAAUCACAAGAGAGCAUGGCCAUCCUAUUGACCGAUAUGGGAUCAUGGCAAAAAGCGCAAUCACGGGCACAUACCGAAAAGAGACUGCUGACAUCACGACCAUAGCGCGUGCGCAGGCUUGGUGGGAGCGUAUGGUGUACGACUACCGCGUGAAGGCCGAGGGUUGGAAGCUGUGGAUUGCGUUCAUGUGCCUCCGUCUGCUGCAGUUCCUGGGCAGGGCGCCGCCCAUGGAGAAAGUGAAGAGCUUCAUGGAGACAGAGGAAAAGAGGUACGAGAAUAUGUGAGGAGAACAUUGAUUCAUCAAAGCUCGAGCUGUGAUGAACAGACAGUGAGCCAUGGGGAACUUUCCUUUGGUACCAACAAGAAGAGCUGCUGACCGAGAAAGUGUUUGGUCAUGUUUCAGCAAUCAAGAGACAGUGUGGGCAAACAUUUUCUUAUGAUUCAGAGAAAGUUUCUAAUGUUGGUUAAGAUCUUCCAGUGAUGACUGUAUAGUUUCCAGUGUUGAAGAACAUUUCCAAAAGAAACAGAGACAGUUUCUAGUGUCAGCAAACAAUUUCAAGUGAUUGAGAGACUGUUUCCAGUGUUUAUGAACAUUUUCCAUUGGAACAGAGGCAUUUUCUAGAGAUUAAGAGGCAGUUUCUAGUGUUGGUGAAUAUUUUGCAGUGAUGAUUUUGAAAAUCAGUAGUCAGAUGAACCCCGUGAUUGACAUUUUCAGGGGGGGGGGUGGAAAUGUGAAAAUUAUUUUGUCAAAAUUUGUUUUGUUUCUAAUACGUGUAUUUGUAAAAUACUCUGCAAGUGUUGUGCGAAUUCUUGGUAACAUGGGCAUUAAAAUGAUUCUAGGCAGGUUAUUAUCAUAAGUCAAAGGUAUUCAAAGGUAUUUAAAGUAUUUAUUUUUAUGCCCCUGGUAGGGUGGCAUAUAGCAGUUGAACUGUUCGUCAGUCUUUCUGUCAGUCCGUCCGAAAACUUUAACAUUGGCCAUAACUUUUGCAAUAUUGAAGAUAGCAACUUGAUAUUUGGCAUGCAUGUGUAUCUUAUGAAGCUGCACAUUUUGAGUGGUGAAAGGUCAAGGUCAUCCUUCAAGCUCAAGGUCAAAAGUAAAAAAAUACAACCCAAGGGAAGUAAUAAGCUUUAAAAGGGAGAUAAUUUCUAAACCUUACAAAUGAUAUAUUGAAAUUUUAUUUUAAAGCGGCGCAAUAGGGGGCAUUAUGUUUCUGACAAACACAUCUCUUUUUAUGUCCCCCACUAUAAUAGUGGGGGACAUAUUGUUUUUGCCCUGUCUGUCUGUUGGUCUGUCUGUCUGUUUGCGCCAACUUUAACAUUUUGCAAUAACUUUUGCUAUAUUGAAGAUAGCAACUUUAUAUUUGGCAUGCAUGUGUAUCUCAUGAAGCUGCACAUUUUGAGUGGUGAUACAUGUAGGUCAAGGUCAAGGUCAUCCUUCAAGGUCAGAGGUCAAAUAUAUGUGGCCAAAAUCGCUCAUUUUAUGAAUUCUUUUGCAAUAUUGAAGAUAGCAACUUGAUAUUUGGCAUGCAUGUGUAUCUCAUGGAGCUGCACAUUUUGAGUGGUGAUACAUGUAGGUCAAGGUCAAGGUCAUCCUUCAAGGUCAGAGGUCAAAUAUAUGUGGCCAAAAUCGCUCAUUUUAUGAAUUCUUUUGCAAUAUUGAAGAUAGCAACUUGAUAUUUGGCAUGCAUGUGUAUCUCAUGGAGCUGCACAUUUUGAGUGGUGAAAGGUCAUGGUCAUCCUUCAAGGUCAGAGGUUAAAUAUAUGUGGCCCAAAUCGCUUAUUUUAUAAAUACUUUUGCAAUAUUGAAGAUAGCAACUUGAUAUUUGGCAUGCAUGUGCAUCUCAUGGAGCUGCACAUUUUGAGUGGUGAAAGGCUAAGGUCAAGGUCAUCCUUCAAGGUCAGAGGUCAAAUAUAUGUGGCCCAAAUCGCUUAUUUUAUUAAUACAUUUGCAAUAUUGAAGAUAGCAACUUGAUAUUUGGCAUGCAUGUGUAUCUCAUGGAGCUGCACAUUUUGAGUGGUGAAAGGUCAAGGUCAUCCUUCACAAGGUCAAGGUCAUCCUUCAAGGUCAAACAUCAUAUAGGGGGACAUUGUGUUUCACAAACACAUGUUGUUUAAUUGAAAUUUAAAUAAAUUGAAAUUUAUGAUGCCUUUGUUGUUUCAAGUGUUGAUGAAUAUAUUUGAUUGGAACAGAGGCAGUUUCUUGUGGGGGCGAACAUAUUUUAGUGAGUUUGAGACAUGCAUUUUAUAAGAUAACUGCAUUUUCAAAUAUUGAGGAACGUUUUGCAGUGAAAUUAAGCUGGGCAUUUUCAUGAAGCGGCUCCUUUUUCCAGCUGUAAAGAAUUUUUCAAUGUCACAAUUUUUGCUUCAAGUAUUAUAGAUAUAUAGACAUGUUGAAUACAACUAUAUUCAACAAUCAAAAUAAUGUGGCCUAUGUUUUGCAUUUGAUUUGUUAGACUGUUUAAUUAAUUGGUGUGAAAUAUUUAGUGCAUAUUUUAUUAAGAAUAACAUUUAAUUAUUUUUGUGUUCAUACUUUGGAAUAUUAUACAGUGUUUGCCCUGCAAAGUUUAUUUUGAAGCCAAUAAUUUAAUAUUUGGUCUUUAACUCUAACAAAUCGCAUCUCAUCAUGUUUGUUGAAUUGUGUACUUAUAAUACUAUUGUUUCAAUUGUUGUUAAAUUUUAUGCAAGCAUGGUAUGUGACCUUCAUGUUUGUCUUCCUAUUUAUUAGUUGGGUGCUUUUUUUGUUGACAAUGGCUUUAAGAGAUUUGUUAUAAAUAUAUUUAUUUUUUAAUAUAUUGUUAUUUGUUUUAUUGUACAUAACGGUACAUGUUAUACCCGUGAUAUGUUAAGUUGUGAAGUGUUCAAAUAUAUAACUGAAAUCCUUUUUUCGUAUAUCGUCACUGUCGUUCUCAAACCUCGUAGCUACAAAAUGCCAACUUUUCAGGAGAGAGAAAAAACUGUCUCAUUUUUUUAUAAAGAUGUUUUAGAAAUUGAAAUUCUGUUAAAAUACCAAACAAAUGAAGCUGCAAAAUACGGUAUAAGCCGUAGAAGCGUAAGUCAAACUGAUAAGUCACAUGACAGUCAGAAAUGGUAGCUACGAUAAUUUUGUCACCACAGUUUUGUCAUUUUUAUGAGGUACGACAAUUCGUCCUGAUAGGAAACCUUGUAGUUGCAAAUAAUUUUUUUUAUAAAAACGUUUUUGUCAAAUUUGUCCAAACGAAACGACGUACCUAUAGGUGAAAUGGCGUCGCUAUGACUUUUCGCUGGGAAAAAAGCCAACAAUCAUUGUACAACAUUUCGUCACGUGGCUUUUUCAAGGGCUCUGAUUGGCGUAGCACUACGAGAUAUAGCACAAAACACGCGCCAGACUUCAUAUAUUCGGAAAAGACGAGAAAAAAUAUUUUGAAAAUUUUGGAGCUACGAGGUUUGAGAACGACAGUGACGAUGUAUAGACUAUUCAAGUAUUAAGUGUAUUUGAACAAUUUCAGUAGAUAAUUUAUUUGAAAUCAUGAGUGAUCAGAAAUUUAGUUAUUUUUUAUGAUAACAACUGGAUUUAAAAAAAAGUUAUAUCGCAACCAACCAGUUUUAUUGUAUUUUUUUCUUUCGACGUCUUGUUUAAAUUUUAAAAGGGUUAAACUGGACAAUUUGUAAGAGAUAUAGGGAAAUGACCUCAUUUCACACAAAAAACUGUAUAUAAUUGUCUAUGAGACUUUUCACUGUUUGAGACAUUCAUUAAUUAAUUUUAAUCAGUAUUAUUAUCCCCUGCUAAAGGCGGAGGGAUACACUUUUGGCGUUGUCUGUCUGUCUCUCAGUUAGUCGGUCAGUGCGUACGUUAGGCUGUCACAAAUUUUGAGUUAUGGCAGGGGGUUUUAAUCCUACAAAUUUGCUUGUUUUUUUUUUAUAAAGGACUAAAAAACAAAACAUUAUGCUCUGGAAAAACGGGGCUCAAUGCGUGUGCAGAAAGUGUCAUCUCAGAUUAGUCUGUGCAAUCUGCAAAAACCUUCUGCCUAGACUGGGUUUUAAUUUGGAAAGGACUUUCUUGAAACAAAAAACUCCAUUAAUGUGUAAAGAGUUGUCCCUGAUGAUCAUGUGCAGACGGCAGUCUAAUCUGGGACGUUUUACGCACAUGCAUUAUGCCCUGUUUUCUCAAAGCGAAUCUCAUGUUUCCAUUGGGGUCGAGGGUGGGCGUGCUCUUAAGGAGAGUUCCAGUGAAGCUGAUGAAUAAUGUUAGAGCUUAUAAUAUCACUAAACAUUAAAAAUCUUAUCUUCAUGUUAUCUCCAUAUAUAUUGUCAUUUUACCAAAGUCAUUCUGUUAUUCUGUAGGUAAUUAUUUGUACUCAAAAUCAUUUUUACUAAAAGGCAUCUGUAUGAAUUUGUACAAUACCAUAUGUUUCAAUGCCUAAUUCGUCAGAAUAGUUUUGUUUAAUUUGUAUAAUAAAAAGCAAUUUUUAAAAUUGAUAUCUAAGGGUAAAAAAAUGGUAAGUUAUUCAUGGUAUAGGAAUAGUAUAAUGUUUAGAAUGCAGACAAAUGUUACCCAGAUUUCUCUUUUUUUCAUAAGGAAAAUAUGAUUAAGUCUCAUAAUACAUCAGUCACUAAUGACAUGGGGAAAUUUAUGUACAAACACAAAAGUGGUAAACAUAUAAAGUAUUAUUAUCUGACAACGUUCAUUUAAUAUGAAACUUAAUUGCACUAAGUAGUAAUCCUUGUAUUUAUUUAACCCUUUCAGUGCGGGAACCGAAUUUUGAAGGCCUUUGCAAACAGUUUGGAUCCAGAUGAGACGCCACAAAACAUGGCGUCUCAUCAGGAUCCAAACUGUUUGCUAUUCUGAUAGUAUUCUUAAAAAAAAAAAAAAUCAAAGAAAAUGCUAAUGCAGACGACAUUUUAGCAGACGACAAAUUUCCCAGCAUGCAAAGGGUUAAUAUGGAAAAAGUGAGCACGAGCAUUUUCUCUUGUAACAGACUUAAGAACUUGUCCUCAUUUUAAAGCCACUUUUUAUCAGUAAAAAUAAUAUGUACAAAAUGAACCUUGCAACCUCAUUCACGUAUUCGUGGAAAUUUGUCAUUAGAAUGUCUUGGUUAUAUGCUAAUAUGUCUUCAUAUAUAUGUAAAAACAAUGUUAUUUAUUACUCAAACAAUCAUGAUAUUUAUGUGAGACAAUUAAAAAAACAUGGUAUUAAACGUUAAUGUAAAGAAA